GAUUUUAGGCCGGUUUCCGAGCAAAGUGUUUAUUUUACUACAUAUUGUACAGUUAGAAAGGUUAUAAUUAAAUUAUUAGUAGGAAAGUACUGACGCAGUUACACCAUGGUGGGAAAAUGGUUUGCUCUGAAGAUACUACCUUAGCAUUUCAAGUAGAUGGGAUCGAAACUUGAUAAUUUUACCCACAUAUUUGGCGCUACAUUGAAUGAUUAACUUUGUUACCCGCACUAAGGCAGAUGUAAUUUUACUUUUAAGCGAGUUUUAGCUUUAUAUGAGGUUACGACGUUGUUUAUAUACGUUACAAACACCCCUCUCAAAACAAUGUUUUUUCCCAUCAUGGACGCCGUUCACUGACGCCGCUGACAGACACCCCCACCGCCGGACAGCAUCAUGAGCGAGCUGAAGGACUGUCCCCCGCUUAAAUACUACGACUUCAAACCCGUGGAGCAUGUGAAGCUGUGCCCCCGCUACACUGCGGUGUUGGGCCGCUCAGAGGACGAUGGCAUCGGCAUUGAGGAGCUGGACACCCUGCAGCUGGAGCUGGAGACCCUGCUGUCCUCGGCCAGCCGCCGCCUGCGGGCCCUGGAGGAGCAGAGACAGAUCCUCACAGACUGGCAGGACAAAAAGGGAGACAAGCGUUUUCUGAAGCCGAGCAAGGACCCAGAUCCUGCAGCCCCAGUCCGCCACAAGCCCAAGAAGCAAAAACUGGACUGCAAGGGAGGGCACGGGCCGGGCCCAGGACCCGGCAGACCCAAAUCCAAAAACCUGCAACCGAAAGUUCAAGAAUAUGAAUUUACAGAUGAUCCGCAAGAUAUCCCCCGCACUCCGAAAAACGACGCUCCCAACAGGUUCUGGGCUUCAGUUGAGCCGUAUUGUGCGGAUAUAACCAAUGAAGAGACCAGACUGCUGGAGGAGCUUCUGAAACCUCCAGAGGACGAGGCCGAGUAUUUCAAAAUUCCUGCGUUGGGGAAACACUAUUCCCAGCGGUGGGCUCAAGAAGACCUGCUGGAGGAGCAGAGGGAAGGGGCACGAGCCAACGACAAGAAGAAGAGCAUCAUGGGAGGGCCGCUGUCAGAACUGGAUGCUAAAGAUGUAGACUCACUGCUGAAGAAAUCCGAAUCUCAGCACGAAUCACCAGAAGACGGUUGUCCCUUUGGUCCGCUCACUCAGCGUCUGCUUCAGGCCCUUGUAGAGGAGAACAUUAUAUCCCCCAUGGAGGAUUCUCCAAUACCGGACAUGUCAGGAAAGGACGCUAAUGAUGGAGCUGGGACUUCCCCUCGAAGUCAGGGAAAAGCUUUCAGUGUUCCUCACACACGUUCCCUGGAGGCGCGGAUCAAGGAGGAGCUGAUAGCUCAAGGGCUUCUGGACUCGGAGGAGCGACCCGGACAAGGAGGAGACUUGGAGGACGAGGUCCUCGCCGAGCUGCAGAAGAGACAAGCAGAACUCAAAGCCCUAAUUGCCCACAACAGAGCCAGGAAGCAGGAGCUGCUCCGGUUGGCAAAAGAAGAGAUGCGCAAGCAGGAGCUGAGGCAGAGAGUGAGGGUGGCCGAUAACGAGGUGAUGGAGGGUUUCCGGCGCAUCAUGGCCGCCAGGCAGAAGAAACGCACACCGACCAAGAAGGAGAAGGAUCAGGCCUGGAAAGCUCUGAAGGAGAGAGAAAGCAUUCUCAAGCUAUUAGAUGGAUAAAAAGAAGCAAUGUUUGGUUUUUCUUCUUUCUUUAACCCACAUCUCAUCCUGUCCUUACAGACUCAGACAGGAGAAACUGCCCUGUAGUGUAAACAUUUAUGUGACGUAGUUUUAAUAGUGUGUAAAAUCAGCCAUCUGACUCUCAGCCUUGAGUAACUUUUUUUUUGUACCGUGAUUGUUGGAUUUUGUCAAUCUAUGUUGCUCUUUUUUAUAUGAUCAUUAUUCAUUGGUUAUGAAACAGAACGACUUAAUGUUUUAAUUUGUUUUUUCUACAUCUACAGUGAGGAAAAGUGCAUGAUCUGCAGUCUCAUUCUCAGAAUGUACAGUAAAAGCUGGAUAACAAACUAACUCACCUUCUUCAGUAAUUAAAAAUUCAACAUGA